GUGAUCAAGAAUCUUAUUUACGGUCAGUUGCAAAUCUUAUGAUGCUCGCGAAAAAAAUAAUUGUUAGUUUAGACUCAGUUUCACUCCCAGGAAAUUAUUAGAGAUAAAGAAAAUGUUUGGUUUUGAUUCACGUUUGAAAGUUUAAGUUUUAGAAACAAUUGGCAGUUACUUCGAAAAACAUGAAUUCUUAUUACGGUGAAGAUAAUUCCGAAGAUUUGGACAAGGAAUGGGAAGAUUUCACUAAGCUUUUGGAUAAGAAAAAAAGAAAUAGUUCACAAGGAUUUUACCCAUGUCCGCCUCCGGAAGAUGUCGAAGACUACGUACAAACUAUUAUGUAUGGUCGAUAUAACAAACAAUUGAGUGAAUUGUCAAGAUUGGAGUCACUUAAAGCAGCGGAGAAAAAACGUAUAAAAGAUGAAAAAGCUCGAAAACGUGAAUUCAGAGGGUUUCAAGGAAAAUUUUCCAAAUCCAUUUCGUUGUUAUGGAGACAUACUUUUGCAAAGCUGGGAGAAGACUGGGUAUUUUUAGCAUUGUUAGGAAUUAUAAUGGCGAUCCUCAGCUUCCUGAUGGAUAGAGGGAUAUCGAUUUGUGACAGUGCAAGAUUGUGGUUAUUCAGAGAUCUUACAUUACAUCCUGCAGCCCAAUAUGCAGCAUGGAUAUCUCUUCCACUUUGUCUUAUUCUAUUCAGCACCGGAUUUGUUCAGUUAGUAGCACCACAAUCAAUUGGUUCUGGUAUUCCCGAAAUGAAAACCAUUCUUCGAGGAGUUACCUUAAAAGAAUAUUUAACAUUUCGAACUUUAAUAGCAAAAGCUGUAGGUCUCACAGCAACCCUAGGUAGCGGUAUGCCCCUAGGAAAAGAAGGUCCUUUCGUGCACAUUGCCAGUAUUACAGCUACUCUACUAAGCAAACUUGUAACAGGAUUCCAAGGUAUCUACGAAAACGAAAAUAGAACAAGCGAAAUGUUAGCAGCAGCUUGUGCUGUUGGAGUUGCCAGCUGUUUUGCAGCUCCAGUUGGAGGUGUACUCUUUAGUAUAGAAGUAACAACUACCUAUUUUGCUGUGAGAAAUUACUGGAGGGGGUUUUUCGCUGCAGUUUGUGGUGCAACUACAUUUCGAUUAUUAGCAGUCUGGUUUCAAAGGCUGGAUACAGUGAGUGCAGUAUUUAAAACUAAUUUCUACAUGGACUUUCCAUUCGAUCCUCAAGAACUAUUUGUAUUUGCAUUGAUGGGAGCUAUUUGUGGUCUAGGUGGCGCUGUAUAUGUUUGGAUGCAUAGGCAGUAUGUAAUGUUUAUGAGAAAUAGCAAAAUUAUAAACGGUUUUUUAAAACAAAGUCGAUUUCUGUACCCAGCUUUAGUAUCAUUAUUGGUAUCAACUGCAACGUUUCCCCUAGGUACUGGCCAGUUUAUAGCAGGUGAUUUAAAUACGCAUGGUCAAGUUGCGUCACUUUUUAGUAACUUCACAUGGACUAAUUCAAAUGUAACGGUAGCUCAUGAAGAGCUUUUGGGUCACUGGAGGACAGAAUGGACCAGCGUAUACGUGAGCUUGGCUUGCUACACAGCUUUUACAUUCUUCUUCUCAAUAAUAUGUUCCACGGUUCCAGUCCCCAGUGGAAGUUUCAUCCCAGUAUUCAAAAUAGGUGCUGCUUUUGGCAGAAUUGUUGGAGAAUUAAUGCACAUGUGGUUUCCCACAGGAAUGAGGUAUGGAGGAAAAAUUGCUGAAAUAGUACCAGGUGGUUACGCUACAGUUGGUGCUGCUGCUUUUAGUGGUGCCGUGACCCAUACCAUUUCCGUUUCCGUAAUAGUUUUCGAAAUGACUGGACAAAUCACUCACAUUAUACCAAUAAUGAUAGCAGUUUUAAUUUCGAAUGCAAUCGCUAGUCUUUUAUAUCCAAGUAUAUACGACAGUAUUAUCCUGAUUAAGAAACUACCGUAUUUACCGGAUCUAUUGCCCAGCAGUAGUGGUAUGUACAAUGUAUAUGUUGAAAACUUCAUGGUGCGGGACGUUACGUACAUUUUCUAUGGAAUGUCUUAUCAACAACUGAAAGUUUUACUAAAAGAAAAUAGACAACGAAAAAGUUUUCCCCUAGUGGAAAAUCCAGAUAGUAUGGUUCUCUUAGGAUCAAUACAACGAAUGCCGCUUAUCCAAGUUAUCGAGAAACAAAUCGGGAAAGAGCGAAGACUGCAGGUGGCUGCUAUACGACAAAGAGAAGCUGAAGAAAAAGCUAGAGAAGAAGCUGAGCGUCUGGCGGACGAACGGAAUAACAAACGUAGAUCGUCAAGAUUCCAAGUGGUGCCAGCACCCGAUAUUCUGCACAGACAAACAUCAGAAAAUCAGCUGGAUCACCCAACCUACAAUCCAGUAUUUGGUACACAACCAAAGAAAUCUAUUCUAAAAAAGACUAAUUCUUUUACACUUAAAGGAUUUUCACCAUUUUUGAGCACAAGUCCUGGAACAACUCCUUAUACUACAGUUACUGGGGCCGAAAGUAGAAUACGUUCUGCAUUCGAAGCUAUUUUUAGAAAGUCUACCCAACUUCAAGAUGUCGACAAUGAUUCUAUUGCUGACGAUUGUCCACCUAGUCCUAGUACAAUGAAGAAAGUCCAACUGCCCACCGAAAGGAUCUGUGAUAUGAGUCCGGAAGAUCAAAUCAAAUGGGAAGAGGAACAAAUGCAAUUGCCUAUCGACUUUUCUCAAUGUCAAAUAGAUCCAGCUCCAUUCCAACUAGUAGAAAGAACUUCACUCUUAAAAGUUCAUUCGUUGUUCUCGUUAGUGGGUGUAAACAACGCCUAUGUCACUGCCAUUGGUAAAUUAGUAGGAGUUGUAGGUUUAAAAGAAUUACGAAAAGCUAUUGAAGAUGCAAAUAGUGGAAAUAUACCAUCAAGUAUAGACAAUUCUGUGACUCUGAGCAAUGGUA